AGCAUCUGGUGAUUCCACGUUUCGAACUCAGUUUUCCUCAAAAAUGUGUACAUUUAAUAACGCUUGCGUUAUACACAAUGUUAUUCUUUAGAUUAUAAAAUUGCGUUUUUAUGGACCUAAUUUUUCAUUAGAAUGAAGAUGAUGCGUCGACAACGCGCCACUUUGAAUUUUGUUCAGCUUAAAGAUCACUCAAAUCUACGCUUUUAACUUCAGAUUUUCUCGUAAUCCUCUGCCACUCGCGAUGGGUAAGAAGAAAGGGAAGGACAGAAGUUCUAAAGAGGAAAACUGCGUGGACUUGACAGGCCCUUCCUGUUCCCACAUUCGCAAGGGAAUAGACCACAUCUUGUUUAAGAAGACUGCUCCAGAUGUCGAUUGGAACUUGUGUCAGGACUGUCAGGAGGGACCCAACACAAAAUCUGAGGAUGAAAUGAAUCAAGAGCCACAGGUUGUAUGGAUGUGCCUGAAAUGUGGACACAGGGGCUGUGGGAGAUACUCAGAAGAUCAACAUGCUGUGAGGCACUAUGAGAAGCCACGUUCAGAUCCUCAUUGUCUGGUACUGAAUCUGGACAACUGGAGUGUAUGGUGUUACAUCUGUGAUGAUGAUGUUCAGUAUUCAAGCACAGGACAGCUGGCUCAGUUGGUGACCAAUAUAAAAAAGCUUGCACUACCAGACUAUGCCAGUAAAAAGCCAAAAACAAAAGAACCCAGCAUCAGCCAUAAUGACUUGAAGGAAGAGGAAAGCAAUGAUUUGGAGGAAGAGAAGGAGGAGAAGGAGAACAAAGGCAGACAAAAGAAGAACGUUAAGAAAGACACCAGCCCAAAGGGAAAGAAGACUGAGGCAGUGGAAAACAGUGGUGCACUUUUAGUCAGGGGGCUAAGCAAUCUUGGGAACACCUGUUUCUUCAAUGCUGUUGUACAGAACCUGUCCCAGACCCAGUUUUUGAGGCAGGUCCUCAGUGAUGUUACACAUGAGAAGAUCACCGUCACUUUGACACCUAGCGUCUCCUCAGAACUGGAUCCUAUUAAGGUGCAGCUAGAUCAGCCUGGAUCCCUUACCCUCUCCAUGUGGCAGCUGCUUAACGAGAUCCAGGAAACCAAGAAAGGGGUUGUCACUCCCAGGGAGCUGUUCACUCAAGUGUGUAAAAAGGCUGCCAGGUUCAAAGGCUUCCAGCAGCAAGACAGCCAGGAGCUUCUGCGCUAUUUGCUGGACGGGAUGAGGGCUGAGGAAAUCAAAAGAUUUAAAGCUGGAAUAUCGGAGGCUCUGAAAAGCUCAGGAAAGAAUGCAGACUCAGAAGAAUCCAAGACAUUGAUGAAAAACUAUGAGAAAAAUGGAACACUCAAAAACUUUGUUGACCAGGUCUUUGGGGGAGAGAUGACCAGCACGGUGAUGUGCAAAGAAUGCAAGACGGUGUCUGUCGUGACAGAAAUGUUCCUUGACUUGUCACUUCCUGUUUCAGAUGAGGCAUACAGGAAAAAGAAUCAAAAGAAAGUUGUGCAGAGGAGCAGCGUGAGUGAUGAUGGAUGGGACAGUCCUACUCCGGUGACCAAUGGGAAAGAAGAUAUGCCAACGGGGGCGGGUAGUAAGUACCAGCAGAAGAAGGCAAAGAAGCAAGCCAAGAAACAAAAUAAGAACCAAAGGCGGCAGCCAAAACAGGAAGUGAAAGUCUCACUGGACACAAUGGGGAACGAGGACGAGAUAGGCGGCGGUGAUGCUGAGGCGGCCUCGCCGAGCGUGGCCACCGAGCCUGAGGCGGGCUGCGAGACGGACGAGAACACCCAGAUGGACACGGAGCAGCCGUCAGAGGUAGAUCACUCUGAGCAGGGACAGGGGAAGAUGGAUGAGUCUCCCAAGGGUAAUGAAGGUCAGCAGCAUCAGCAGCAUGAUGGAGAGGAGAAGGAUGAGGAGGAGGAGGAUGAUGAGGAGGAGGAGGAGGCCGCAGACGAGUCCGCAGUCAGUAAUCGAUUCAUGGCGCUGGCCGAGGACCAGAGUUCCAAAUCGCAGACUGAUGAUGGCAGGACCAAGGAGAAAGACGAGGAAGUGGUGAAGGAUGCCACACAGGUGCCUUCCGUCGAGGACGAGGAGGAGCAGGAGGAAGAGAAUUUGGCUGAAGAGCUGAACCACUUGUCCCUAAAUGGGACUUCAGAGCCGUGCGAGGCUGCUACUGAGAAUGGGCACGAUGAUGAGAGCCCAGAGUACACAGUGGUGAACCAGGACCCUGAGAAGGCCUUCCACACCUUAGCCACCAGGGCGGCGCCAGACAAGCAGGAGUGCUCCGUGGACUCCUGCCUCUUCCAGUUCACCGAAGUGGAGCAACUCACUCAGAGUAACAGCUUGCUGUGUCUCACCUGCACAAAACGCCAGUCUGGGUCCAAGGCCACAGAAGGCUCCAAGAAGAGUGUAUACAGGGAUGCGCUGAAGCAGAUGCUCAUCUCGUCUCCGCCGCCUGUGCUGACUCUUCACCUGAAGAGAUUUCAACAGGUUGGUUACAGUGUGUGUAAGGUGAAUCGUCAUGUCCAGUUCCCUCAACUUCUAGACUUGGCACCAUACUGCUCGGUCAACUGCAAGAAUGUGUCAGAAGGAAUGACCCAGGUGCUGUACAACCUCUAUGGGAUUGUUGAACACAGUGGGACAAUGAGAUCGGGACACUACACUGCCUACGUGAAAGCUCGGCCUCACUGUCAAAACAUGGCAUCCAAUGGAUUAGCCACGCAAGGUAAUGGUGAGCCACCGAAGGGAUCGUGGUUUCACAUCAGUGACUCAAGCGUUCAGCCUGUCACAGAAGCCAAAGUGCAGAGUUCCCAAGCCUACCUCCUGUUCUACGAGAGGAUCUCCUAAGCAUCCUCUCUUAAAGUGCCCCAUACAAGAACCACUGCUGCUGCUUGAACUACCACACACAGACACACACACACACACACACACACACACACAGACAAAUAAAUGACCCUGAGAUGAACUGGAAAAUAUACACCAGUGCACAUUUUUUUCAUCCUUUUUAAAGAUGGAUGUCCGAUCAACUGUGUGGUGUUAUGAUGAACGGGUGAGUCAGUUUUUGAGUAAGAGUGGUUUGUUUUAGAUUACAACAAAAUGAAACUUGAUUACUUGGCCUGAAAUCAAAAGGAGAAAUGCUGUUCUAAUCCGAUACACAAUUUGUCAAACUCAGAGAAUUUCUGGUCCUUUAGUUGUCCAUUCUGUAUGUGUGCUAAGCAAAAAAACUGAUGUACACAGUCCUGGCUCUAUAUAGGAAGUAGAGCGACUCAGGCUGAACCAAUCAGGCUGUGAACCACACACGCCUGUUAGUACAAGAUCACAAGAACAGGGGGUGGUGUAUGGUGUAAUUUGUUUGGGAGUUCAAAUAUCAGCAAUGUUUUGCCAGAAUCACAGACUCUGUCUUUAAUGUAUAAUUAGCAAAUACGCUUACAGAAGAUUUCUUUGGUUUGGGGGCAACUAAUCAUCACUGUCUUAUAGAUGACACAGAAUGGAUGACCAGAGUAUUUUACCUUGUUCUCUGAUGUUAACAUAGAAGGUAUGCAACUUUGGUCUGUCAAAACCAUGUUCAGCUGCAAUAUUCAUGCCCAUUUACAGCCCUGUAAUUAGGCUGGGGAAUAAAAUGGCCCAUUUUAGCAGAUAUCCAGCAACCCCCUCAUAGUUAUCUGGCACCCACAUGAAUAAUUAAGUGAAGUAAUUUACGCUAAUUGGCUUCCUUGCAACGAAAGACAGCUCACAACAGGCAACUUCUACCUGAAUCUCCAACUUGAAGUGGUAACUUAAUGUGAUCACAGUGAUGGUUUGCGCCACAGGUAAUUUCAAAGUCAUUUGCAGUCAUGAAGGCAGAAACCACCUUGUUUCUGGUUCACAGUAGCUUUAUGGUACCCACCAAUCUCUCCUUGGGCUACGUUCAAACUAGGCUUCUUUUUUGAAGCUGCCAGCAUCCGUUUUACAUUAUAAUCCUAAGGAAUAAACCGAGUUUUCAAAAAAGUCCUCGGCUUCUUUUGAAACGCGAUCACGGGCGUCUUUUUCUACAGCUCAGAGCUGUUUUUAAAGUUGAGAAAUGUGUCUGUCAGAAACAGAGGCCAAGUCUUAACGUACCUUUAUUUUAACAAAGCCAAGGUAAAAAGGGUGUUCCAUUCUGUGUCAUCUUUAAAGUAACACAAUAUAGGAAUUCUCCUGUUCCUCAGUUUUCAACAAACUGGGUAUUCAUUUAGCACUAAGGGGGUACCCAAUUCAUCCAAAACUGACAAAAAGGGUCAUGCACCCUCCCACGACAACAUUACCUGUUGGGUGGGUAAACUCUCUCAAUUGCUUUUUCAGGUAUUUCUCAUUUGUGAGGAUCUUUAGAAUACAAAUGAGCCAUUGUAGCCUGGUAUGACUAGACAUGCACUGUGAGAGUAUAAUCCAAACAAACACUGACCUGGGGACAAUAGAACAAUGGAGUCAGGCUAUACCAAUAGUCUUUUUUUGGAGCAGAGGUUCUGUUCUAUAGGUAAAAAUACCAGAUUUUUCUGUUUAGUCUUUGCUUCGCAAGAGAGUUUUCUGCUACCUUGUUGGGGUAUUCUCAUUUCAGACCUUUAAUUUGUUUUGUUUUUUCAGAACUGUAGAUUCAGCAAGCACUUCUGCCACCAGAGUAUGUAGAGUAUUAGUAGAGCGGCUACAGGAAAAAUCGUGCAAAUUAUGAUACAAGCGUGAAAUUCGGCAGGUAUGUGCUCAAGACCAAUACAAUCAAAUCUACCUGAUAGGCCACUUGAAAUGGCCGCCAAAAAAGACCUCAGAAAUUGAUUUAUUGCUCAGAAUUCACCAAAGAUAUUAUGAUACAAGCAUGAAAUUAGGCAUGUAUGUGCUCAAGACCAAUACAAUAAAAUCUGCCUCAUUUGCCAUUUUUAAUGGCGGCCAUUUUCCAAAAUGGCCACCAUGAAAAACUCUAAAAAUUGAUUUGUUGUACAGAAUUGACAAAGGAAAUUAUGAUACAGCCAUGAAAUUUGGCAGGUAUGUGCUUAAGACCAACACAAUACAUUCUAACUGAUUUUCCAGUUUAAAUGACGGCCAUUUUCCAAGAUGGCCGCCAAAAAAUACCAUAGAAAUGGAUUUGUUGCACAUAAUUGAUCAAGCAAGUUAUUAUAUAAGCAUGAAUUUUGGCAUGAAUGUGCUAAAAAACAAUACAAUCAAAUCUACCUGACUUGCCACUUGAAAUGGAAGCCAUUUUACAAUAUGGCCGCCAAAAGACUGAAUUUAGCCCAGAAAAUGAUGAUACAAGUAUGUAAUUUUGUGUGUUUGUGUUAAAGAGCAAUAUAAUGAAAUCCACCUCAUUUGCAACUUGAAAAUGUAAUAUGGCAGCCAUUUUUAAAGAUGGCCCCCAAAUAAGACACUAGAAUGUUAACAUUCACUACAUUUCUGUUUCCUUCUAUGAUGAAGUCAUUGGAAAUUCAAUUCAUUCCUGUGUCAAGUCUUGCACAAUCAAGUUUGAUAGGCAAUGCAUUAAGAGAGUGGAACAUGGGGAUAUUUUUUGCUAAUAAUGUAUAGCCAUCUUCAUCUGUCUUUGCAGGAUUCGUAUUAGGAGACUUUAAUUGUUCUUUUGUGUCCUUUUGACACAGACAGCACUUUGACCAGUCAGUGUGUGUUAUACGUUCGUUGUCCAUUGUUAAUCUAAAAAAUCAGAUUGAGGUAUGAUCUUUUGAUCACCUUUUGAAUCCAUGCAUGGAACAGUUAUUUAAAUUUCAAUUAGUUUUGGGCUGAUUGGCAAAAUGUGAUUCAGAAUUUAGUGUAGGUAUUUUAACAGAAAGACGCAUGUGUAUAAAAAUGCUAUUUGUUUUUCAACAAUGUAAGCCUGUUUUAACAAGGCUGUGCAAACACAUACAGCAGGUGGAGAAGAAGAAAAUGCCUUUGAGUGGUGUGGCAGUAUAUCAAUAUCAAUUGCUGAUUAUUCGGACCAUGUCACAAGUAAGAUGUAAUAUUUCUUUACCCACCCUCACCUUGAGCAUGGAAAAGGGCAAUGUUGCUACAACAUUCGAUUAUCUUUGAAUGUCCCAGGCUGACAAGCCAGAGCUGUUAUGUGAUUAGCUAAAUCAAACAUGUCAAUGUCACGUCCAGAGCGAAAAAAGCAAAUUCAUGACAAAGGUUCUUCAGCGACCUUGGCUACUUGGUAGCUGAGGUUGUUUCUGGUGUACACGCAUCUUUUGUUUAACAGCAACAUUGAAAACCAUGAAUUGCGGUUAUUAGCAUAUUAGUGUCAUUGUAUUAUUAGCAUGUCAUAACCAUUUUAUUUGUUUGGGGGGGUGGGGGGUGGCAUCACGUAACGGCCUCCAUUGACAUUAAGAACUGUCAUUAUUAGCAUGUUAUCACCAUGCUAUUUGUGUGUCAUAAGUGGCUUAUUUGUCAUUGUGGAACAUUUUUAAUAUCUGUAUCACUUCAUCAUCUAUGGAAACAUAUUUAAGGAGAGUGAACAAUCAUUUACACCACAUUUGCAAUUUGCACAUUUGAAAUUUGCAAAUUUCUUGGGUCUUUUUGGACGCCAUCUUGGAAAAUGGCCAGCAUUUCAAGUAGCAAAUCAAGUGGAUUUGAUUGUAUUGGUCUUGAUCACAUCCAUGCCAAAUUUCACGCGUCCAUCAUAAUUUGCUUUGACAAUUCUGUGCAAUAAAUCAAUUUCUAGGGUUUUUUUUGGCAGCCAUCUUGGAAAAUGGCCACCAUUUCAAGUGGCCAAUCAGGUUGAUUUGAUUGAAUUGGUCUUAAGCACAUACAUGUCGAAUUUCAUGCUUGUAUCAUAAUUUGCUAGGUCAAUUCUAUGCAAUAAAUCAAUUUCUGGGGUCUUUUUUGGUGGCCAUCUUGGAAAAUGGCCGCCAUUUCAAGUGGCCAAUCAGGUAGAUUUGAUUGUAUUGGUCUUAAGCACAUAAAUGUCGAAUUUCAUGCUUGUAUCAUAAUUUGCUAGGUCAAUUCUAUGCAAUAAAUCAAUUUCUGGAGUCUUUUUUGGCGGCCAUCUUGGAAAAUGGCCACCAUUUCAAGUGGCCAAUCAGGUAGAUUUGAUUGUAUUGGUCAUAAGCACAUACCUACCAAGUUUCAUGCUUGUAUCAUAAUUUGCACGAUUCUUGCCAAAUUGGCCUUGUAGCCGCUCUACUAUAUGUGACAUGAGUUAGGGAGGCAGGUGGGGCGUUGAAUCCUUAAUGGCCUUAAGUUCCCCUUGGAAUCUUUGCACACAGACUACAUGCUUAAUCAAGAAAUGACAAUAACCACCAGUGCUAAUUUAGUUGCAGGCCUUGGUCAUUUUUUCUUGGAAAUACAAUAAAAGCCAUAAGGCAUUGUAUGUAUGCCACAUCGGCUCUUGAAAUAUGUUGCCCAGAAUGCUUCCCACCUUAGCUACAGUGAGUCUGUCCUCAGAAACAUUACUGUGGUUGUGAAGAGUACAACUGAAGCCUCAUUUGCAACAACAAGAUCGAUCUAUGAGAGCUUAUACAUUUGUAUGGAAUAUUUAUAUAUGUAAGUUGUAUUUUAUAUGGUUCUUUUGGCAGAAUGCAAGUCCAAUAAAACAGUUAUUAAUCAUAA